UUGAGGAGAAAAAUCAUAUUCACAUGAGAGUUCAUACAGGAGAAAAGCCAUUCACUUGUGAUCAAUGUGGAAAGAGUUUCUCACACUCAGCAAACCUUAAGGAUCACAUGAACAUCCACACUGGAGAGAAGCUUCAUGCAUGUGAUCAAUGCAGAAAAAUGUUUUUGUGGCCUUCAGACCUGAAGAAACACCUGAGAGUUCAUACAAAGGAGAAACCACAUUCAUGUUAUUUGUGUGGAAAGAGUUUUUCAUGUCUGCAAAAUUUGAAAGAACAUCAGAAAAUACAUACUGGUGUGAGAGACUACAUGUGCUUUGAGUGUGAAAAGACUUUUAUUUCAGUGAACUGUUUAAAACAGCACCAGAGAAUUCAUACUGGAGAGAAGCCAUACAAGUGUGCACACUGUGACAAGAGAUUCAGUCAGUCAGGACAUCUGAAAACACACCAGAGGAUUCAUACUGGAGAGAAACCUUAUGAGUGUUCACAAUGUGACAAGAAAUUCAGUCACUCGGGACAUCUGAAAACACAUGAGAGGAUCCACACUGGAGAGAAACCUUAUAAAUGUUCACAAUGUGACAAGAGAUUCAGUCACUCAGGACAUCUGAAAACACACCAGAGGAUUCAUACUGGAGAGAAACCUUAUAAAUGUUCACAAUGUGACAAGAGAUUCAGUCACUCAGGACAUCUGAAAACACACCAGAGGAUUCAUACUGGAGAGAAACCUUAUAAAUGCUCACACUGUGACAAGAGAUUUAGUCAGACUGGAGACCUGAAAACACAUGAGAGGAUCCACACUGGAGAGAAACCGUACACAUGUGGUCAGUGCGGGAAAAGUUUCACACAAAAAGGAAACCUCAUGCAGCAUAUGAGAGUCCAUACUGGAGAGAAGUCAUUCACUUGUGAUCAAUGUGGGAAAGGUUUCACAAAAUCAUCAAGCCUUAAGGUACACAUGAACAUUCACACUGAAGAGAAGCUGUACACAUGUGAUCAAUGUGACAAAACAUUUUUGAGGGCUUCAGACCUGAAGAAACACUUGAAAGUUCAUACAAAGGAGAAGCCACAUUCAUGUUAUUUGUGUGGAAAGAGUUUUUCGUUUCUUCAAAAUUUGAAAGAACAUCAGAAAAUACAUACUGGUGUGAAAGAGUACAUGUGCUUUGAGUGUGAAAAGACUUUUAUUUCAGCAAAUUGUUUAAAACUGCAUGAGAGGAUUCACUCUGGAGAGAAACCUUAUUUGUGUUCACAUUGUGACAAGAGAUUCAGUCAGUCAACACAUCUGAAAAUACAUGAGAGGAUCCAUACUGGAGAGAAACCGUACGAGUGUUCUCACUGUGACAAGGGAUUCAGUCGGUCAGGAAUCCUGAAAAAACAUGAGCGGAUCCACACUGGAGAGAAACCGUACAAGUGUUCUCACUGUGACAAGAGAUUCAAUGAUUCAGGACACCUGAAAAGACACCAGAGGAUCCACACUGGAGAGAAACCGUACAAGUGUUCUCACUGUGACAAGAGAUUCAAUGAUUCAGGACACCUGAAAAGACACCAGAGGAUCCACACUGGAGAGAAACCGUACAAGUGUUCUCACUGUGACAAGAGAUUCAAUGAUUCAGGACACCUGAAAAGACACCAGAGGAUCCACACUGGAGAGAAACCGUAUCAGUGUUCACAUUGUGACAAGAGAUUCAGUCAGUCAACACAUCUGAAAAUACAUGAGAGGAUCCAUACUGGAGAGAAACCGUAUGAGUGUUCUCACUGUGACAAGGGAUUCAGUCGGUCAGGAAUCCUGAAAAAACAUGAGCGGAUCCACACUGGAGAGAAACCGUACAAGUGUUCUCACUGUGACAAGAGAUUCAAUGAUUCAGGACACCUGAAAAGACACCAGAGGAUCCACACUGGAGAGAAACCGUAUCACUGCACUGCAUGUGGGAAGCAUUUCAAACAUUCAUCUGCUUUACACAAUCAUACAAAAAACAAUCAUAGUAAGUAGAUCAUCUUCAGAUCAGCACUUUCAGGUCUGAUGCUGCAUCCUCACACAAAUGAGACACAAUAAUGCAUCAAGUAGGGCUGGUCCGAAUACCAUUUUUUGAGCUUCGAAGCUUUGGUAGUAAUCAACACCGAAUAUUCGAAGCUUCGGA